AUGGAUCAAUAUCCACCAUCUGAUCUACGAUGGGAGUGCAAUGAUUGUACCAACAAACAUAGUAUAUGUUUCGCCUGCAAGCAACCUGGAAAGAUUGGAAAGGGUCUGUCCAAGUGCAAGGUGCACCAAUGUGGCAAGUUCUACCAUGACUCCUGUGUGUUGGCCCUGGACCUUGUCAAACCGAUCAAUACCAAGUCUCCAAGAUUCAUCUGUCCAUUACACUAUUGUGCCACAUGCAAGAAGUCUGGUGACAGCAAGCAAUCAGUACAUUGUUUCCGAUGUCCCACUGCUUACCAUGUGAUGUGCAUGCCAGACAAUAUUGAGUAUCUGACCAAGGCCAAGGAGAAUAGGAAGACAGGUUUGAUACUAUGUCCCAAGCAUAUCAACGAGCCAGCUGCCGCUAAAUCCAACGACAAUCACAACCAAUCACAACAAGUCAAAAGACAACGUACACAUCACAAGUCCAACUCAGCAGACACUCCCACGACAUGUCAUCACAAUCAUGGUCCAGGAUCAAGUCCACCACCUACUACCACUCUUCACUUCCACAACUAUCGAUCAACUUGGUCGGUGCCAUCAUCACCAAUCCAACAUCAUCAUCAACAUCAACAAUAUCAACAACAUUCAUUCAGUUCACCAACUCCAUCACCAUCAUCAUCACUGAUGACCUUCAACAAUUACAAAUCAUUCACCAAGCCAAAAACAACUUAUGUGCCAUCAAUGUCUGCUUCCACCACGCCAAACAUGCUCUCGCCUCGCUCCAGUCCAAGUGAUGAUCUCGAGGACUAUGCCAACAGCCUUGCAUCAAUCAGUGAGGGAUGCUCCAGAUCUCCAUCUCUGUCUGCUGCAAAUGCCAACAACUUGGACAAAGACGACUGCCUUCGACCAUUGAUCAAACAGUUUGCCAUGUUCGAGCCGAUCAGACAGCAACUCCAACCUGUGACAUCCAACUUCCAAGUGCCCUAUACCUAUCUGUCAUCUCUGUCAUCACCUCCACGAGGAGUCAACAUGUUGCCAUCGAUGCCAAGUUGCAGUAACAUGUGA